GGAAAGCGGAAGUGCGGGCGUUGCGCGAUGGCGGCGGCGGUGUCGGCCCUCAGCAGUUUGGGGGUGCCCGAAGAUGAUGUUGGGAGCGAGGAGGAGGAGGAGGAGGAGGUGGAGGAGGCGGCAGAGCCCGGCCCGGCCGCGGCGGCGGCGGCGGAGCAGAGGCGGGAGGAGCGGCUGCGCCGGUUCCGGGAGCUCCACAUGAAGCGGUACGAGGCGUGCAAGCUGAACAGCCAGGAGGUGGUGGAGGAGGACAAAAGGCUGAAACUGCCCCCGAACUGGGAAGCGAAAAAAGCUCGGCUGGAGUGGGAGCUGCAGGUGCAGGAGAAGAAGAAGGAAUGUGCAGCCAGGGGUGAGGACUAUGAGAGGGUGAAGCUGCUGGAGAUCAGCGCUGAGGAUGCUGAGAGGUGGGAGAGGAAGAAGAAGAAGAAAAAUCCCGACCUGGGGUUCUCAGACUACGCGGCGGCGCAGCUGCGCCAGUACCAGCGGCUGACCCGGCAGAUCAAACCCGACCUGGAGCAGUAUGAGAAGCUCAAGGAGCAGUAUGGGGAAGCUCUGUACCCCACCUCAGACAGCCUCCUGCACGGCACCCACGUGCCCUCCAAGGACGGCGUGGACAGGAUGGUGGCAGACCUGGAGAAACAGAUCGAGAAGAGGGAGCGCUACAGCCGCAGGCGCCCCUACAACGACGACGCCGACAUCGAUUACAUCAACGAGAGGAACGCCAAGUUCAACCAGAAAGCUGAGAGGUUCUAUGGGAAAUACACAGCUGAGAUCAAACAGAACCUGGAGAGGGGAACAGCUGUGUGAGCCUGGGGCUUUUUUCCCUCCCUUUUUAAAAUCAAACAUAGAAAUAUUCAUUGGCUAUAUUCAGUUCAAACUGCUGAUUUUCACCAGAAUUGAUUAUGUAAAUAUCUGCUAAAGAAAUUUCUGCAGGACAAGGCCCUGAAGACAAGCAGGGCACAGUGAGGGGCCUGCCUGGGACAGAGCUCUCCUGGCUCCUCUGUUGUCAUUUUCAGACAAUUUUUAUUAUUUAACUUUGAUCAGAAGUGGAUUGGAGCUGUUGCUCUCUGGGCUCAGCAUGUUCAGUGUGCUAGAGGUCAUUUGCAUAAUUUGCUGUAAACAGAACAGCCAGGUUCUGCCCUUCCUGCUUUAAAUAAACUUUGCUCUCAUUUGGGA